AUGGCGAAGUCCGGCGGCGCCGCCAUGCGGGGGUGGACGAGGACCGCCACGGGCUACCUGGUUCCCCGGGGCGGGGACACGCUGUGGUACGCCAUCGCUGUCCUAUCCAUACUCUCACUGCUGUCGUACGAGCUCUCGCGGCGCUCCGUCCUCGCGGCCGACUUCGAGGGAUUCGAUGCGGAGGAAGACGACGAGGAGUUCUCCUCGCCCCAGCCCGAUUUGUUCACCAACGCGCCCCUGUCCCCUCUUCCGACCACCCUCACCCAGUCCUCCCCGGAGUCCGACCACGGGCCGCCUCAAUCUGUGGAAUCGCCGCCGCCUGAAGCCGAAGACCCGUCUCCGCGGAUCGAUGACGCUCCCAAACCUUCCGCGCCUUCCACCAUGUUUGAAGAAUGGGAUGAGGAUGAAUUCGAGGGCAUCCCGACUCAGAUCGCCGAGGAGAUCCCUUCUCCUGCCCCGGAAUCGCCAUCUCCAGAUGCAGCACCUCCAAAGCCGGUUCUCGCUGUCACUCGUGGAUCGUUCUUUCGUCAUUACAGCAUUGAGAUCUCCUGCGUCAGCUUCCUGAUCGCGUUUGUUAUUAACUACUUUACCGGGAAGAAGGAGAACGAGAAUAUAGCCCUUGCCUGGGCGGCGAGAUUCGCCACCAGGGAUACAAUCUUUGAGAAGAAUUUCAGCCUCCUGGGGACCGGCGAUGGUAAGGACACGCCACUUUUGUUAAAGGAAGCGUCGGAUAUUUUCAAGUUCUAUGCGAGCGGGCGGCGAUUUUGUCAGGGGCUACUGGCCACGAUCGAGCUGCGGUCACGGCACGAUUUGAUUUCGAGGAUUCUCGAUCUGUUGCUCCCCAAGCAGGAUACUAUUACGUUUGAGGUGGUCAUGAAUGAUGACGCUAUGGACCAAGUGGUGUUUGCUGUAGCAAAGAAGAAACUAGCCAAGGUGAUGCAAAAAGAGGAGCGAGACUUGCAGAGAUACGCAAGUGUGUUGGCAACACCACCUGCUGGCAGAAAGUGGGUACCUGACGAACUUCUUGUUGUCUCCGAGUCAAAGGAAGUUGCGGGGGAUCUGAUCACAGAAGCUGUGCUGGAUCAGGUGCGGUUAAUUCCCUUUUGUACUACAGCGAGUUUCGCCCUUGCAAUAAUUUAUGCAUAUCUUUUAAACUAGACAGAAUUCUUUUCAACUUCUUGAUGCUCCAUAUUUGUAUCUUUUUUUUUUUAUGAGGCUCAAAGUUCUUCUUAAUUUUCCUAUAUUGUUACCGUGAGAAAAUUGGAUAAGGGGUAGCCACCUGAUGACGACAUUUCACUUUUCAAUUAGACAGCCUUCUAGAAAUGUUGAGAAAUUGUAAUCUGAACUUUUCUGUUAGGAAAGAGACCAAAUUAUACAAAGUGGGGAGGGGGGGGGGGGAUUGGGGUUGCCUGAUGGCCUUCAUUUCUAGCUUGUCAUUCAGAAAGUGAGGAGGUGUAUGUGGCUGACUGUUAUUUUUUCGGUACUCUUACGUUUUUCUUCAUUGUUUAAUAAUUUAUGGAAAAUCACUGGAACUCUCCCCUUUUCGAUGAAAUGCUGUAAAUAAGAUGCUCCAUAUCAUAACCCAAGGUUCCAUUUUUUUCUGGUCCAUAACAAUUGUUUCACGUGAUAGCUAAUUAUGAGUUUUUAAUUUAUUGAGUGCAUAAUUUCCCACCAAAUCGAUGGGACAAACUUUCCACCAAGUGGUGAUCUGUAUGUUUUGUGGAGGUUGAAAAAUACUUUAGACAAAGCGAGAUUCAUAAAUUGGCAGAGCUUUUCGGAUGCCUUUAAUAUACGAAAAGAUCAAGAGAUGCUCUACUUUCUUUAAAUAGUUGUUGUUGAUGAUAGUCAGAUUUUGCAUGCUACUUAUGGAGGAUGCUUACGCAGAUCAGACUUAAAGUUCUGAGGCACAAUGGAAAGCAUACGACCUUCUGAUUUAGAAUGAUCUUUCUGAGAAAUACAUUGUUAGUCUUUUUAAGGUCCAACUAUUAUCAUUCUUCAAGAUAUCUAGGAGUAUUAAUUGUAGUGGUGAUUUCAUUUGCUAGAGUUUCUGGCACUACUAAAGGGUGGUCACUGGUCACGAGAUAUUAAUGGAAUUAAACACCAUUAGUUUGAUCUUAUUUAAAAACAUUUAUAUACCAGAUCUGGUCGUAUUUUUGCAAAACUCAGUUCUUGACUAGGUAAGUAAUUGUAUAGAGAAAAACGUUUAAAUUAUAGACAUUGAAAAGAUGGGGCAGCAAGUGUUUAUGCUACAUCUAGAAGGUGAUUGGUGAAUAUGUGCUAUAUUUAAGGAUUUAAAAACUCGGUUGGAUCAGGUCGGGCAUUCUUUUGAUCAUAUUUUCGACUAGAUCUAGUCACCCCUAUGCAACCAUGAUUAUUUCUCAUCCAUACAGUUAGAUGGGAAGAAAGGAACGCAGGAAAUAAGAACAAAAAUGACAAUUUCAUGUGACUUAAUUGGAUGGCUCAGAGAGUUUUUUUUUUUUUUUGUUCUCAGAGUCAAUAGUUGUUCUUUGAUCGCAUGUAAAACGUUUAUUUUGUCCACGUUAGAGAGUGAGUUCUGAAUAGUUGUAUAUUACUUUGCACAUAACAAUGGGGCUACUCCACUGGUCGUCGAUUGGUUUUGAGUUUGAUGGCUCAACAAAUUUGACAAUGCCCAUGCCCAUGCCCACGUGAAAGUUGAAGAUCAAUCCUGCCUGCCACUUUCUUGUUCCUUGAAUAUUACUUGGUUUAAUGAACAUUUUGAGAGAUUGUAAAAUAUCUCACAGCGUAGGCUUUGCAAGUUAGAAGAUAUGGCUAUGUGCUGCCUUAAACAAUGCAGGUCAUUCCCCACGCUGAAUAGAUUCUCUGUAUGUUGAUCCUUCUCAUUACUUCACCGCAGCAUCUGUAGAAUAAACCCUUUCGGGUGCUUGAGAGUCUUCCUUGAUUCAACUAAGGCCUCAACAGUUGAUGGAUUUUGGUCUAAUUGGGAUGUUUCGAGUGAAUAGGUGCUCUCCAUAAGCUUGAGUUUGAGGAUGUUCUGCACACUUAUACAGACCAAAAAAAAUUUAAAUCUCACAAUAUUUAUGUUGAGCCCUUUAUUCGAAAUAUAAUUACUUUUUUUGCAUUAUUACUCUAAAAAAUGGGUUACUAGCUAGCUAAAUAAUUGUUGUGCCUUUGGUAAGUUAGAUUUAAUUCUCCCAAACGGGUUUUAGUUGAAUGCUGUUCUUCCAUUAUUCUUUAUUUUUUAUUCUUUAAAAUGUUAUUUGCCAAAGAAAUGCCUGACGGUACAGCAAUGAGAAAAUAAUUUGGUGCUCUAAUCACGAUGAAAUAUCUUCAUAGAUUAGAAGAAUCUACUCUGCAUAUUUCUUCAUCGACCAUUGUGUUCGGACUGUUGACUUCACACGAGGCCUCUUGGCAAAAAGUAUUGGCUUUUCUGAUCUGUGAAGCGUGAUGACCUCAAAGAGCUGCUCAUAUUAUGAGGAUCUUUACCUUUUUGGACUUCCUCAAAGAGCUGUUUAGUAUGGGGAUCAUUAAUUUCUGGGGCUUAAUCUAGUCGGACAAGAGUACUAAUUCUGUUGGCACCAGAUAUAUAUGGAGACUGAUGAAGAACUCCUCUGGUUGAAAGCCCUGUCGGUUUUUAGGGUUUUUGGGGCACUUUUGACGAAGUGAAAACCUGCUUAGUCUUCUUCACUCAAACCUCCUGGAUUCCAUGGUCAAAUGCCGGGUAGUUAAAGUCAAUUUUCUGUCCAUGCAUUCAACGAGUAUAUUCAAGUAAAUCCCCCGUUGACAUUAUCAGCUGGAUCCAAGAUAGUAAUGGUACUUUUGACUUCUCCGCAGGUUUUUGGUGAGAAGGCAUUCAAAGCAUUCGGAAAGGGCUUCAUCUCGAUGCACUUCUCCGAUCAGUACCAGGGCUCCCCCAAGAAACUGCUCGUCUUCAAGUUCCUGCUCCCAGACGCCAGGAGCAUGACCGAGAUGACCAGGCUGGUGACCCUCAUACCCUACUACAUCGAUCUGAUCGGUCGCUACAAGCUGAGCCCGCAGGUGGGUCGUCUCCGUUGACUCUGGUUUUCAGUUGGACGGGUCGUUGACUCUGCACGUAUUUUUAUUUUAUUUUAUUUUAUUUUAUUUUAUUUCCUUUCCCGUUUCCGGGGUUGUUGUAGGCUCGGAGCAAGACGGAGGCCGCCCGGACGAAGGUGGCCCAGGAGGCGUACAAGGAGCUUCAGAACGAGAGGCAGGAGGCGCUGCAGAGGAAGAAGGCCGAGAAGAAGAAGCUCAUGGAGGCGGAGGCCAAGGUCAACGCGGAGGCGCUGCGCAGGAAGGAGGAGAAGGAUCGGUCCCGCCAGAUGAAGAAGUCGAUGCCGAGGGUUAAGAUGCUCCGCACCCACUAG